UUUGGACCUGGAAACUGCGACGACAGGUGUAGAAGGAGACUGAUACUCUUCCUUUUUUUUCUUUUUUCAUAAUCAUAUCUUUAUUUUUAUUUUUCAUCCAUGGUUUGGUUGAAGAAGACUUUCGAGCACUUUUUUUUUCAGAAGUCCUGCCGAAGCUGAGAGAUGUCUGAUCUUCUAGUGUUGAUCGAGGGGGUCUCUGACCUGCACGGAUUUCCAUAGCUGAUUUAUAACAGCUGGGACCAAUUACAUAUUUGUUCUUUGUCUUUUCCCUCUUUUUUAAUUUUAUAUUCAUUUUUUGUUUGUUUGUUUUUUUUUCUUUUCUUGUUCAUUUUCUCCUUUUUUCUCCAUGGGGCCAUCACACAUGUGUGCAUUGAUGCUUUGAUUUCAGUCAUUCAUUUGGCUUUUCUUUUCUUUUCUUUUCUUUUUUUCUCCCAUCCCCUUCUGUUGGAUUUUCUUUCUUUCUUUCUUUCUUUCUUUCUUUCUUUCUUUCUUAAUAUUUUUUUUCGACAUCAGUUUGGAUCACGGACGGUUGGAUUACUGAAACUGAAUAAACGGAUUUGUGGAAAUGUUGGGUCCUCAAGAAGACAAAUUAUGUGGAAUUGUUUCUGCUCUGGCGGCCUUGUCCUUUGUCUGCUUUGCACAAAGCACCUCUACCGGAAUUAGCGGAAUAUCUUUGGCCAAGACGACAGUGGACAAACUGCUGAAGGGGUAUGACAUCCGUCUUCGGCCAGACUUCGGAGGUCCUCCAGUCAUUGUGGGAAUGAGUAUAAAUAUUGCCAGUAUUGACUCCAUCUCAGAAGUCAACAUGGACUACACCAUCACCAUGUAUUUCCAACAGAGCUGGAGGGACAAACGGUUGGCCUAUGCCGAGAUGGCUUUGAACCUCACUUUGGACAACCGUGUGGCUGAUCAGUUAUGGCUCCCAGAUACCUACUUCCUGAAUGACAAGAAGUCUUUCCUGCACGGUGUGACGGUGAAGAACCGAAUGAUUCGUCUUCACCCGGAUGGCACAGUUCUUUAUGGACUGAGAAUAACUACUACAGCAGCCUGCAUGAUGGACCUGAGACGGUACCCCCUCGAUGAACAGAACUGCACCCUGGAGAUUGAGAGUUAUGGGUACACCACAGAUGAUAUCGUCUUCUUCUGGCAAGGAGGAGACAAUGCCGUGACAGGUGUGGACAAACUGGAGCUGCCUCAGUUCUCCAUUGUGGAGCUACGUCUUGUGUCCAGAGAAGUGAGGUUUACUACAGGUUCAUACCCUCGGCUGUCGUUGAGUUUCCGCAUCAAGAGAAACAUCGGCUACUUUAUCCUGCAGACUUACAUGCCCUCCAUCCUGAUCACAAUCUUGUCCUGGGUCUCCUUCUGGAUUAACUAUGAUGCCUCUGCUGCUCGUGUGGCCCUGGGUGUAACUACGGUGCUCACUAUGACAACCAUCAACACCCACCUGAGGGAGACCCUCCCAAAGAUCCCCUAUGUGAAAGCCAUUGAUGUCUACCUCAUGGGCUGCUUCGUCUUUGUUUUCCUGGCCCUGCUCGAAUAUGCCUUCGUAAACUACGUGUUCUUUGGACGGGGACCCCAGCAGCAGAAAAAGAUCAACGAAAGGCUAAACAAAGCCAACAACGAGCGUCCCCGUUAUGAGGAGAAGCGUCUGAGGGAACAGUUUAUAUGGGCAUUUUAA